AUGGUCAAGGUCUGCGUCGCCGGAGGUACGUUUUUCGUCGUGCAGGUUGUCGGAGCGGGCAAGGUCUGCGUCGCCGCCGCCGAGGGAGAAGGUCAAGAGGUCUGUGAUGAGGGCGGCGUCCUCGUCGCCGGUAGGCCUGCGGCUUUCCCGGAUGCCGCGGAUGAAGCCCUGGAGAGGCCCGCUUCCGCGUCGUCGAGUCACGCCGGCGCCUGUCUUUGGGGACUUCCUCGCUGCAGCUACGGCACGUCGGCCGGCGGCGAUCGCGCCGGUGGAUCCUUCGUUGGGGUCUGCUACCUCCGUGGUGCUUGGGGCGUCUCCGACGCUGAGUCGCGUGGUGGUGGAGGCGACGCCGGCAGCUUCGCCUUCGGUGACGGCCGAGGAGCCGGUGGUGCGGCCGUUGAUCGCGGCGGGUCUCGAGCCGCGAUUCAAACCGGCGGAUGCGGCACUGGAGGCCUCCUCUAG